AUGUGUAAUGACAAUGUGACAUUUCUAGGAUUUUAUAAUCGUUCUGUAAUCAUUUUAUUAUUUGAUCAAACAAGCAAUUCUGAUGUAUAUGAUAGAAUUUUAAAAAAUAGUAUAUUGGGUACGAGAUUAGUCAAAAAAGCUGUUAUAUGCAAUCGUCGAUCAGGUGCCAUAAAUGCUUAUGGACCAGAGGAUUUUACACCAUCUAUUGAACAAAUUAAUAAAUUUAUGAUAUUAGCACAGGCUGAACGAGCAGAUCGUGUAAUUAUAGAUAAACACUUUCAUAUAGCUAUGGAUUCUUGUUUAUAUAAAGAUGUAGAUGAUGAAACUGGUGUACUUCUAGCGGAUAUAAUUCAGUAUUAUACAAUACCAAAUACAAAUGAAUAUAAUAUUAGUAAAUAUGAAUUAUCUGGUUUAUUAACAAAAAUUCUUUAUUAA